CAUCCUUCUAUUUCCCGAACAUGCUAUAGAGAGUGGUGGCUCUCUUUCACAUGUCAGGGAAUCAAAUAUAGUUCUAGUCUAGGCCAACGAUGGACGGGUUGGUGUUAUGGCUGACUUGCACCAGAGACUAGACACGAACAAUAAGAAAAUCAUGAGAAAAGUCUUGUUGACAAUCCGUAGAUCGAAUGUGGGACUCAGUGCACCGCACCAUACGUUUCUACUCACUAGGCCAUGUCGACUCCUUAUAGAUAAUAUAAAGUGAUUUCUAUAAUAUUAUCUAUAAAUGUGUAUCUAAGACUCUACUAAAAAAAUUAUUAUCACGGUUUAAUAGCCGCGACAAAACCGUUGUCAAUAUAACCACAGAUAAGGUUAUCUUAUCUGUGAUAGAAUUAUGAUUCUUAUCAUUUUAUCACUUUAGAACAUUUCCCAAAUUAGUAUUCUUGACAAUAAUUAUACUAAAAUAAAAUGAAAUUUGAAACUUAGUUAUUGUUAAAAUAUCACAUACUUAAGAAAUAUUUUUCAUAGUGUACCUUAUCAUAAUAAUAUUUAAUAUUAAUUAUUUCUACAGCUUGUAAGUAAUUUAUUUUUAGAGUCAGAAUUUAAUUAAUAUGUCACACCAAACCGGUAUUAAAGCCAAUGAUGCACUUAAAAAGUUCUUCAGCAAAUCUUCAUCUGAUAAGAGUGUUCGAGCUAUAAAGGUGUCAAUUGUAAAUGAAGAACUAACACUAUCAGCUCAUGAAAAAAGUAAUAAGUCAUGGAAAGAUGAUUUUGAAAAUAUUCUUAAACAAUUUGUUGUCCCACAAAUACCUUGUUAUAUUCUUUAUAGGUUUGAUGUUAAAAGUGAUUCAAAAAACUAUGAUUGGUUGCUCAUAAGUUGGUGUCCCGAUGUAUCUCCUAUAAGGCAAAAAAUGUUGUAUGCUUCUACAAAAGCUACUCUUAAACAAGAAUUUGGAAGUGCAAAAAUCAAAGAAGAACUUCAUGGAACUACAAUGGUAUUAAUUUUAUUACAUUAUUAAUAACAAAAUCGAGUAUCACAAAAAGCUCCAGCACCAUUAACUAUUAGAGAAGAAGAAAUGGCUGAACUGAGGAAAGCUGAGGUUGGUCAUAGCACAUCUGUAUCAAUCGACAGCCGCUCUCAAACAAUGUCUGGCGUAAAAUUUCCUUUGUCUAUAUCUGCUGCAACAGCUCUUUCUAUGUUUGUGGAUACAAAUGAAAUAAACUAUAUUCAGUUCUUUAUUGAUAUCAAUAAAGAAAGUAUUGAAUUAUGUAAAUCAGAUAAUGUGACUGUUGAAAAUCUCAAUGAUCAAGUUCCUAAAGAUGAUGCUAGAUAUCAUCUCUAUGCAUUUACGCAUAAAAAAAAUAACAUACAGAUAAAGUCAAUUUUUUUUAUUUACUCAAUGCCUGGGUAUUCAUGUCCUAUUAAAGUAAGAAUGUUAUACUCAAGUUGUAAAUCGCCAUUCAUUGAAGAAUUGGAAAGUAUUUAUAAACUUCAAAUCAACAAAAAACUGGAAAUUGACAAUGAUGAUGUUUUAAGUGAAAAAUACUUGUUUGAUGAACUUUAUCCAGAAAAUGAUUCUGACAAACCAAAGUUCAGUAAACCCAAAGCUCCUGGACGAGGUGCACGACGUUUGACUAAGUCAAAUGAAUAAAGUAUUGUAUUUAACAUUCAAUACAGUUAGAGGUAAUACACAAUAUUGUAUUUUCUGAUGUAACAAUAUAUCAGUCUUCCGUAUUUAAAAUUUUUUGCAUUUUAAAUUAUUUAUUUUUGUGAGUGUUAGUAUAAA